AUGAUACAAGUGUUUGUGAUAGCCGCGAGGCAGAUUUCAAAACCAAUAGCUGAUGCGGUUAUUCGAUAUGGCAAGGACCAUCCCAUCUUUCGUAAUAAAAUUCUGAUACCUAUUGGCAAAGGUCUCGUUCGAAUGUCCGCACGUCUGCGGAUGAAGCGACUCGGUCUAGGUGAACCCAGCCAAGUUGCGACUGUGUCGGAGGCUGCAGCUCUUGAACAGGCAUCCGACUUUGUGCAGCAAAUUGUCCUCUUCACGUAUUCUCUUGGAGUAUUUUUGGGCUACUAUUUCUACACUAAAACUACAACUCCAGACAACGUCAAAUUAUCUGAGUUUGAAGAAUUCCGUCAGCGAAAUGAGGAAUACUCCAUCGCUGAUAUCCAUAUCUCCUGGUGUAAAGGUCCGUUAUUUAGUCAUGUACCUCUGGUACCAGCCCAGCAAUCCAGUAACGAUACGCGGAAGGACGGUAGCCCUAGCCCUGUUGCGAAGGAGUCAGCACAGGAAAAGAAACCUCAAUUUGCACGAGUAUCAUCGCUGCCCAUUGAUGCUGCCUCUUGUGUUGUACUAGAUGGUGAGUGA